CACCCUAUCCGUCCCGGAAGUAGUGACGUGUUCACAGUAGCCAGCUUGAGAGUUAGCUUGUUAGGUAGCUAGUUAGGUCGAGCCGGGAGUGACACAGCUGCCACAUCAGACAGAAUGUCAGAAGGGGACAGUGUUGGGGAAUCAAUCCAUGGGAGGCCGUCCACAAUCGCUGCCUUUUUCACCCGUCUAGGACAGAUCUACCAGUCAUGGCUAGACAAGUCCACUCCUUUCUACAUAGGGCGAUGGGCAGGGACUCUCAUCCUGACGGCUGUCUACAUGAUCAGAGUGUACAUAUUGCAGGGUUGGUAUAUAGUAACAUACGCUUUGGGUAUAUACCAUCUAAACCUGUUCAUCGCCUUUCUAUCACCGAAGGUGGAUCCUUCUAUGCUUGACGAAGAUGAAGGACCAUCCCUUCCCACCAAGCAGAACGAGGAGUUCCGCCCGUUCAUCAGGAGGUUGCCCGAAUUCAAAUUCUGGCAUUCGGCGACAAAAGGCAUCGUCAUAGCCAUGAUUUGCACAUUCUUUGAAGCCUUCAACGUGCCAGUGUUCUGGCCCAUUCUUGUAAUGUACUUCAUCAUGCUCUUCUGCAUCACCAUGAAGAGGCAGAUCAAGCAUAUGAUCAAGUACAGAUACCUACCGUUCACACAUGGGAAGAGGACUUACAAAGGCAAGGAACAGGACACAGCGAAACCUUUUGCUAGCUAAAAAACUAACCUCCGAUCCCUCUUCCCUUCGCCCUCCUUCAUAUUUGAGAUUAAAAAAAGAUCAGCCGGGGAUUGAAGAGGGUCAGCAAGUUAUUAUUUUUUUUGAAAGGACACAAUAACAUUAUGAUUUCGGACAUUUGAUCCAUACAUGGCAGCCAUGGAUAAUUAUAGCAGUAGACUGGCUCUGUUAGUGUGAAAAUGUGGCCUUUUUCGAAUAAAAAAGGUAUUGGGAUUUCAGUUGGCCAGACUAAUCUUCAUUGGGGGAAUUGAUGGGCAUUAUGUCCAGUACUUUGUACGAAGCAUGGCUUUUAUUUUUCAUAAUUAGAAGCCAUCUGGUAAGUAUGAUGUGGCCCUGAAGGAAUCAUUUAGCUUUGACUGUAGAUUAUACUUUUAUUUGAUAUCAUUUUUUUCUUUCUUUUUUAAUCCUUGGUGAAACAAAUCUGGUUUAUUUUGAUCAGUAUUUUGAUCCGUCAUACAAAAAACGGCUCUGAAAGAAGGAAUGUCUCAUGCAACCUGCUUUGGACCUCGUGAGGUCUUUGACUGAUUUCAGAUGGCUGCUUAAAUAGCCAUUUUACACAUAACAUUGAUCAACAGCCCUGUAUUGGAUUGGCAUGCAACUUUAAAACUACUAACAUUCUCCUAGAAUAUUGUGCCGUCGUAGGUGGUUCAAGCCUUUGGGGGAAAUACCAUUCCCUUACGUUUCACCAAAAGGACACUUUGGGAUGCAUAAUUCAAGUUGAAGUGCCACUAACCCGCCGUUAGCCUAACUAGCGUAUAAGCUCCGAACACUCUUAACAGAGAUGGACUCUCCUGGCGUUGGGCAAUCUCAGAGACUAAAUUGUUGUAUGAUUUUAUUUUGGUGGUUUUUUUUGGACACUUUAAUUUAGAAACCAUUUUACCAAACUUGGCUGCCAGUAUGCUCUUCCAGAAUAGAGUAAAUCUUCUGAUGACCAUAGUAAAAAGUAAACAAAAACUACUAAAUUCGAGUUUUCUCCAAUGCUGAGGAAUUUGAUAUUAUAAUGUUGGUUAAAGGUUGGGUAUGGGAUUUGCGAAACGCCAGCAGAUUUUGAAAAUACACAACUCAAAUGGUCCUACCCCCUCUCCUUCAACGCUGACUCUGACUCCACCCAUUCCAAGUACAUGGACGCGCAAUCAUGCACGAGCGCGAACACAGAUUCGCGAGAGCGAGCCAGGCUAGCUAGGUUGGAGUUUAGGGUUGUCUUCUAGUGCUAGGUCCAAAUGUGGAUUAGCUAGUUAGCUAGCUCCAUUGGCUACCGCAGGAUAACAACAAACAGAAGCUUGCUCUGGGUCACAAGCUUUGAGUACGUGCAUGAAGGGGUCACGCGCGGGGAGGGGGAGUGCAGUACGACCGUUUGAUUGACGUACUUACUGUCCAAUGCCACUCGGUGGUUCUGGUAAUCAUUGGCUGGAGUUUUUCGAGCCCUGCCCGUUCCACAGAUGAUUGACUUGUUUAAUUUUCAUGUCAGUACUUCUAACUCAGUGGCUGUAAGUGGGUUAUGAUAAAUAUUUCAAGUAAUUUUGCAAAAAUGGCCAAAAAAGAGAAUUCCAUACCCAACCUUUAAGAUGUCCCCUUAGCUAUUCUGUGUAUGUAGACUAGCCGGUGUAUACUCCCUUAGAUUGUUUAUUUUGAUUGACAAUGAACAAUGAGAAAUCAUUCCAAGCAAAAAUAUUGUUCUCUCUUUCUUUUGCAGAGGAAACAUAAGAAAAUUGAGAUUGAGAGCUUUUAUUGUAACAAAAGGAUGAAGGGGUUGGCGAUCACUUUUUUUUCCGCUGCCUCCUCAGAUUUUUGGGGGUCAUUUUUAUCAGUAUGCUGGGAUUAGUUUUUGUUUUGUAACCAGAGAUUCUUUUUUUCUUUUUCUUGAAUACCUUCACUGGCACCAUAAUAGGGAAUCAAAAAAUGUGUCCUUUUAUUUGCUUUCCUGUAAAAAGUACCAUGUUUCAGAGGGUUCUCAUGAGGAUUUGUAUAUAUAUUUUAAAAUAUAAGAUUGUUUUGGAGGUUUUUUUUCCAAGCAUCACAUGGUUUUCAACUGUAAAAUCAAUCGUUUGUCCUUUUGGAAAUUAAUGCUAGCAGAACUUGCCAAUUGGGUUCUAAAUUUGAUUUAUUUAAUAUCUCAUUGAUUGCAUGUUAUUGGUUCCUUGUGCUGCAGUUAUAAACAACAUUGAUUUUAAUAACUUAAAUGUAAUUUUUUUUCACUUCAAAUGCUAUUAAAGAGGCGUGUCCC